CACGCCCCUUCCGCGCGUCGCUCGGCCCCGCCUCCCGCGCUCGGCCACGGGAUUGACUGGUCGCGUUCCCCGUCGCGCUCGGUGCUCCGGAGAAGAGCCAUGGCUACUUUCCGAUUGGCGCUCAUCCAGCUUCACGUUUCUUCCAUUAAAUCAGAUAACAUUGCCCGGGCUUGUAGCCUCGUCCGGGAGGCAGCCAAGCAAGGUGCCAAAGUGGUCUCCCUGCCGGAAUGCUUUAAUUCUCCAUAUGGAACAAACUACUUUCCUGAAUAUGCAGAGAAGAUUCCCGGAGAGUCCACACAGAAGCUCUCUGAAGUAGCAAAGGAGAAUAGCGUUUAUCUCAUUGGAGGCUCCAUCCCUGAAGAGGAUGCCGGGAAACUGUAUAACACCUGUGCUGUGUUUGGGCCUGAUGGAAGUUUAUUGGUAAAGCACAGAAAGAUCCAUCUGUUUGACAUUGAUGUUCCUGGGAAAAUUACAUUUCAAGAAUCUAAAACAUUGAGUCCUGGUGACAGUCUCUCCACAUUUGACACUCCUUACUGCAAAGUAGGCCUGGGCAUCUGCUACGAUAUGCGCUUCGCAGAACUUGCACAAAUCUAUGCACAGAAAGGCUGCCAGCUCUUGGUGUAUCCCGGAGCUUUCAAUCUGACCACUGGACCUGCCCACUGGGAGUUGCUCCAGCGAGCCCGGGCUGUUGAUAAUCAAGUGUACGUAGCUACAGCCUCUCCUGCCCGGGAUGACAAAGCCUCAUAUGUGGUCUGGGGACACAGCACUGUUGUGGAUCCUUGGGGACAGGUCCUAACCAAAGCUGGCACUGAGGAAAUGAUCCUAUACUCAGACAUAGACCUGAAGAAGCUGGCUGAAAUUCGGCAGCAAAUUCCCAUUUUUAAACAGAAAAGAACAGACCUUUAUGCAGUAGAGACAAAGAAGCCCUGAAAUUUGUUCCCGACAUAUCACAAGCAGGAUGGUACUCUGUAUGAUAAUCAACUUUACUAAAUUCUUUUUAGGGUCAGUGCUGGGAAAAUGAACCCAGCCUUACACACGUUAAUUCUACCACUGAUCUGUGUCACAAGCCCCUUAUUGAGUGAAGACUUUUCUUUAAAUUUGCUUGGUCCGAUGUUCUAGCUCCCCUGAUAAAGAACUACUUAGGCUGGCGAUUCUUAGGCAUUUCAGUCUUAAGAACCUUUUGUACAAUUAAAACCUGAAGACUAAGCAUUCUUGUUUGUCUGUGUAGCUAGUGGUAGGCUGGUCAAGGUGUGAUACUCAGCUGUCUGAGAAAAUGGACUCUUGUAGGAAUACGGAUUUCCACAGUACUAAUAUCCCAAAUGUUUUCAAAAACAUUUUUAUUAAAAUUGGCUUUCAUACAAUAUAUUUUGAUGUUUUCCCCCUCUCCAACUCCUCCCCAUCCAACUUUGUUCUCUUUCAAAAACAAAAAAAAACUCUACAAAAAUGAAAAUCAAAACCAAUAAGCAAAAGACAAAUAGAAAUAAAAGCAAUAAGACAAAUAGAAAUAAAAAGUCCACAAAAAAGAAAACAAUGGAGUUUAAUAUGUUGCUUCUAAACAGUAAUAGAUGCACAGUUGGGCUCUGUGGCCUGUACAAUACUGCUCUAACACAACUGAUUCAAUAUAUAAUAGCUAUUUACCAUACUGGUUAAGUCAAAACUUUUAUAUAUAUAUAUAUAUAUAUAUAUAUAUAUAUAUAUACACACACAUACGACAUAUAUAUAUAUAGUCAGUCAGUCAGUCAGUCUUACUGUGGUUACUCACAGAGUAACAAAAUCAAGUGACUAAAAAAUGAAAUAUACGACUUGGUAAAAUUUGGUACACAUAUAAAACUAUGAAAUACCAAUCAUGAAAGUGAGUAUGUGUACCACCACUGGAAGUUUCCUAUAAGCUUUAAAAAUAUAUUAUCCAUGUCCAUGUGUGGCUAUGUCAGGUGCUCUCAGAGGCCAGAGGAACUCCCCCGGAGCUUGAGUUAGAAGUAUUCAUGAGCUGCCCAAUGUGGGUGAUAGGAACUGAAUUCAGGUUCUCUCCCAGAGAAGAGAGCAGUAAGCACUCUUAACCAUCUCUUCAGGCCCUCCCUAUAAUCUUGUAACCUCUCUAGCUAUUCAAUGACUGGUAAGCUUUCCCACCACAGAGUACUUUGAAUUUUCUAGAAUUAUGUAAAAAGUGAAUUACAACCUAGUACUUUUAUUGGUACAGUUUAUCUUACCUGUGCAUCAGAGAUGUAUUACUUGAUGGACAUCGAGUUCUUCCCGGCUUUCAAAUCAAAGAGUUAGAAAUAAAGGUUUUCGGCCGGGCGGUGGUGGCGCACGCCUUUAAUCCCAGCACUCGGGAGGCAGAGCCAGGCGGAUCUCUGUGAGUUCGAGGCCAGCCUGGGCUACCAAGCGAGUCCCAGGAAAGGCGCAAAACUACACAGAGAAACCCUGUCUCGAAAAACGAAAAAAAAAAAAAGAAAUAAAGAAAUAAAGGUUUUCAUGUCUUUAGGAGUGGAUUGGUGGGUUCAAUAUCUAUUUCACUGUUAAACUGUUUUCCAAAGUGGUCAUACCAUUUUAUACUGCUGCCAACAAUUAUAUGAGUUCUAGUUGUCCCCUAUUCUCUAUCCUCAUUGACACUCAGGAUGGUUAAAUUUUUAUUAUACUUUUCCUUUUUUGGAGAUGGUGUCUUGCUAUGUAGCCUAUACUGGCCUUGAAGCUGGCGUUCUCUUACAUCCGCCUCCCCAGUGCUGGGAUUACAGGCACCAUGCCAUGACCAGCUUCUUCACUGUUAAGUUUACUAUUUCUUUCUUGGGCUGGAGAGAUGGCUCAGUGGGUAAAGCACUGGCUUUGCAGGCCUGAUAACCUAGUUCAGUCCUCGGAACCUAUGAUGGAAGGAGCCAAUUCUAGAAUGUUGCCUUCCACAUGUAUGCCUCAUACAGUAGGACAAAAGGUAUUUUUGAAAACUGAUUUAUCUAAUGACUGAUACUAACCUCUUUUCACAUAUAUCUUUGGUGAAGUAUCAGUUGAUACCUUUUGCCCAUAUUUUUAUGGCUUUAUUUAUCAAGUGUUGUUACUUACCUAUUUUGAUGUAAAUUCUUUUUCAAGUAUUGUUUGACAGUCUCCUACUCUGAGGAGGGGAAAAUGACAUUUACCCUUCCCACAGUGCGGAUUUAACAGAGACUUCACAUGCUACACAUGUUUUCCCACACAGCUGGAACUUCACCCAUUCUUAGUAUUUCAUUAUUUUGUGUCUUGCCAUGUGACCUUCCUAUCUCUGCUUCCUCAGUGCUGAGAUUACAGGCUUCUGUCACCAUGCCAACUAACUGAUUUUUUUCCCCUUGAGACAGGGUUUCUCUGUGUACCCACCAUGGGUGUCCUGGAACUCACUUUGUACACCAGGCUGACUUUGAACUCAUGGAGAUUCACCUGCCUCUGCCUCCCAAGAGCUGGGAUUAUAGCAACCACCUGGAUAAUUUUCAUUUUUUAAAGAAUUAUUUGAAGAACAAACAUUGUGCAUUUUCAUGAAGGACAAGUUAUCUUUUUAUUUUUUUAAAAUGAUUACUUUUAUGUGUUUACUUAUUUUGCCUGCAUGCAUGUUUGCACAGCACGUGUCUGGUGCCUGGCUCCAGAAGCUAGAUCUACAGCUAGUUACAGACAGUUUGUGAGCUGCCACAUAUGGGUGUAAUUCUUGAAACCAAACCCCUCCAGCCCUCCUUUAUUUCCUUUUGAAAUUUGUUCUUUUUCUGUUGUAUAUCAAACCCAAGGUCACUAAGACUUUAUUCGGUUUAUGGCUUUAGCUUACAAUCACAAGUCCACUCCCUAAACAGUAUGAAGAACGGAGCCCCAUGACAACAUCUAACAGGUAGUUUUCUAGGUGGCUAUACAAGUAUAAGAUACAGAUAAAGACGAAGAAGUGGGUUCUUCAGCUACUGCUCUCCAGAGAGCUUUGUUUCAUUGUUACAGGGAUGAAUAGUCUUAGGAUUUUCCCAACCAUACUAAUAAAAACUUGUAUAUGUCUAUUUCCAAAGUUAGUCUUAACCAACAAGAGACUGACUGAAAAGGGUAUUAGUUAAUAAAUGAACAAACUACCUAUCUGUUACAAGAAUAGAUAGAAAAGCUUGAAUGUAGUAUUUAUUUUGUGAAUUUACAUGUGAAGCCAUUUACAAAAGAAAAGAUACAGACAGAUGCAGCUUUAGUGCAGCUUCAAAUAUGCUCACAACAGGCAAAAAAGUUGGUGAGUAUUUGGAAUGAUAGUACUGAAUGGCACAUGCUUCAUUGUUUCCUACCCAGCCCCAAGAAAGAAGGGAGCAGAGUAGAAAAUGUCAGUAUUAAUGUAAAUAGAGCCAUGCAAAUAAAAAAAAAAUUUUUUAAGCAAAGAGGUCACAUUCAGAGAUGUAGGACAUUCCUGUAUUUAGGGUUAUCAUCAUUGGAGAAUUAUUUCAGAACAAAAUGAAGAGCUCUCCAACUUUCCAUUAUCCCAAUCAAUCACCUUAAAUCAUAUUAACUGCCCCUAUUGAAAUCAGCCAUAGGCUUACCAAUAUUGUCCAAACACUAACAUUAAAAGAGUCAUUUCUAAUAGUUUCUAAAAAGACAGCAUUUGUAGACAGAAUCAUUUGGUUUCAGUGGGAUGAAGCACCCUUUUAAAUAAGAGUGUAAAAUGCUCCUUUACUCUCAACUAUGUAAACUAUAGUUAGACGUCAUGUCCAUAAGUCUUAAAAGACUUGCUCUUUUUAAUCAUUUCAUGUAAAUAAACCUCUACCUGUCCUGGAUCUUGGAAACAGACUCAGUAAGAAUCUGCGCCCCCGCCCCCAGAAAAAUCCAGCAUAUAAAUAAGCAAAAGGAUAGUCUGUGAAAGUAAUGAAUGGAAACAUACCUUAGUGAUUCCAAAGAGAAGAUGAGGUACAGAUAAAAAUGAACAGAACAAAAAGUAAAGUCAACUGUCAGUAUCCCUGGAGAUGUGGACAUGGACCACAGUCCUUAGAGGUCAAGGUUACCUCAAUACAAAAAGUACUCUAUGUAUUGGACAUCUCUGAAAAUACUGGCUCAAAAUCCCUUAAGUUAAUACAGCCACAGCUAAAGCAUUAAACUUGUCAUUUCAAAAAAGUAUGCUCUG